UUUAAGGUAUGGUUUGAAAUCACCAAAACUAGGAGUUGUGAGAGAAACUUGCACAGCUUGUGCUGGUACAAUGAUAUUGGAAUUUGCAGCUCUGAGUCGAUUAACUGGAAAUACUAUUUAUGAGGAAAAAGCAAAAGCAUCAAUGGAUUACUUAUGGCAACAAAGACAUCGUACAAGUGACUUAAUGGGAACUGUCUUAAAUAUCCAUAAUGGAGAUUGGGUGAGAAGAGAUAGUGGUGUGGGAGCUGGUAUUGAUUCCUAUUAUGAAUAUUGCCUUAAAGCUUACAUUCUACUUGGUGAAGAAUCUUAUUUGGAAAGAUUUAAUAAGCAUUAUUCAGCUGUGAUGAAAUAUGUCAGUCAGGGUCCAUUAUUAGUGGAUGUUCACAUGCACAGACCUCAUACAAAUACAAGAAAUUUCAUGGAUGCACUUUUGGCAUUUUGGCCAGGACUCCAGGUGCUUAAAGGAGAUAUUAAAUCUGCUAUAGAAAUUCAUGAAAUGCUGUAUCAGGUCAUUCAAAGGCAUAAUUUUUUACCAGAGGCAUUUACAGUUGAUUUUCAAGUUCAUUGGGGACAACAUCCUUUGAGACCUGAAUUUGUAGAAAGUACUUACUUUUUAUAUAAAGCAACAACUGAUCCAUAUUAUUUAGAAGUUGGUAAAAGAGUUCUUGAAAGUUUGCAACAAUAUGCAAGAGUUCCUUGUGGAUUUGCUGCUGUAAAAGAUGUCAGGACUGGAAAUCAUGAAGAUAGGAUGGAUUCAUUUGUUUUGGCAGAGACAUUAAAAUAUUUAUAUUUAUUGUUUACUUCCAAAGAAGAAUUACUUUUAGAUAUAGAUGACUUUGUAUUUACGACAGAAGCUCAUCUUUUACCAUUAAGUAUCUCCAGAUUGAACAGUUCUUCACUCACUAAAGUUACAUUCCAGUCAUCAUCAUCAUCUACAACAAUAGAUUCCAAUGAAGACGAGUUUACUCAUACCUGUCCUAACACUCAUUAUCUGUUUCCUGAAGGAAAAAAUUUUGCUCAUUCCAUCCGUCAACCAUUAAAAAAUCUAGUUGAAGGGAUUUGCCCUCCCAAAAUACCUAGAACUCAGAGAUUACAUGCUUCAGAAUUCCAAGCUACAAAUAAAGAUCAUCUAAGAAUUAUAAAGAAAAUGGGAAUAAAUGUGGUUAUGUUGGCUGAUGGAAGAAUUCAGCUUGUUCAUAAUACAGCUCAGGCAGAUACUGCUGAGGAUGGAGAAGAAGGGGUCCUCUUCAUGCAAGAAAUGAUUGAGUUAUCUAAAACUCAAAGCCAACAAGAGCAACACUUAUAUGUUGUUUACUUCUCACUUCCCAAUAAUAUCAGAAUUGUUUUGAAUGCUGGACCAGCCCAAUUUGGUAUAGAUUUAAAGGACAAAUCUCCUAUUCAAUCAGAAAUUGAGGUUGCCCAACCCUUAAGAGCCUGUUGUCAAAUAUACAAUGCUGCUGCUUUGAAAGGUAAAAUUGCAGUCAUUGAAAGAGGAGAUUGCAUGUUUAUAGAAAAGGCUCGUCACAUUCAGAAUGCUGGUGCCAUUGCUGGAAUUGUAUUAGAUAAUAAUCCUGGUACCAGUUCUCAAUCAUCACCUAUGUUUGCCAUGUCUGGAGAUGGGAAUGAUGAUAUUAAAAUCCCAAUGGUAUUUUUAUUUUCUGAAGAUGGACAAUUGCUUCUAAAUGCUUUUCGUCAACAUCCAGAUUUGGUUGUGUCUAUAGCUGAUGCAGCCGCUUUCUCUAAUAACAUACAGAAGAAAGAUGUUUCAGGCAAAGAGAAUGCAAAACUUCUAGAAAACACAACUUCUGCUGAAGAACAUAGUGAUUCACAAUCUAAUUCUGAAAAAUGGAAUAUUGUUGGAGCAUAUCAGAGGAUGCGUGAACUCUCUUAUAAAUUACAAAAUUUACAAAAGAUUAAGGUAGAUAUAGAUCAGUUAGUUGAUUUGUCAAAACAGCUUGGACAUAAAGAAGAGAGUGAGGAAAUAGAAUUUCAACAUGCUCUUGAAAAACUAAUGGGAAAAGAGAAACUUCUUGACAUUGAUCAAGAUGUUAUGACAUUACUUUUGAAAAUCAGAGAACUGAUCCAAUUCAGAAACAUUUCUAGUGAUUUUAAGGAUACAUCCAUAGAAGAUGAUGAUGAUGAUAUAUCAAAAAAAUCUUUGAACCCUUCUACUAAUGUGGAAGCUUUCAGAUUAUUUAUGACCAGGACAGUUUUUCAGAAAUUUUUCAUUAAGAAUGAUUCAACUAUUUUAGACAAAAAGACUGUACAAGAAAUGUUUUCAAAAGAUGAAUUAUGACAAUGGUGAAAACUUGAUUUAUUUAAUUUUAUAUGACCAUUCCGUUCAAAUUUUAUUAAAUCUAAAUUGUUAUAUAAAAUAAAAAAAAUUUAAUUUUUUUUAAUUUAAAACCACUUCUGCUCAAAACAAUUGUGAAAAUUAUUAGAAACUUUUUUCCCAGCAUUGUAUCAGUUGAUUUUUAUUUAAGUAAUGGAAAUUAUUUUGAUAUAACUAAGCAAAUUGAUGAAAUAAUUUCUCAGGUUUGAGAAAUUUUAGCUGUGAAAAAAAAUAUCUGGCAUUUGAAUUUUGCCAGAUAUUUAAAUAAUUUAUGAAAUGAAUUUAGGAAUAACUUUAAAAUUAAUGCACCAACAUUCCAGUUUGUUGCUAGUGUACAAAGAUUGUCAAAGCUUUUUUAUUGAAUAUAUUUGUCAUUGGUAAAAAGAUUGAGAUACUCUGUUGUUUGUUACAUUUCUCAAAAUGUUAUUUAUACAAUUUGUUGAAACAAAAAUAAAUAGACUAAAAUUAUCCCAAAUUUUCUUCAUUACAUCCAGUCAUAUAAUUCUACUUUGUCAUUCUCUAAAUUAUUUCAAAAAAUCAAUUUGAUUCUUUCAUUUUGGUUUGUUGUUAAUAUAAAACUAAAUGAAGAAUCUUCUCUAGCUGUGCUCCAGCAGAGCAAAAAUCAAACUAGAGUUGAUUAUAAAUUUUUAAAAUUCUUGAUGUUAAAACAGAUUUUAUCAAAUUGACUGUAAAUUGUAGAGUAAAUCAUGUUUUAGAUAUAUUAAAAAAAUAUAAAAUUCAAUUUGUAUUUUAAAAUAUUUAUAGAAACUAUCAGCUUUAUUUUAUUAAGAAUAUGGUUUGGAGACUUCAGUUGAUUGUACAAUAAAUUGUUUUAC